GCCCUGCUGAUUCAACCCUGAUUUCCAGCGAACGAGCAAGCAACAGACGGGAUGCCAAAAAGUGAGGACCGGUGGAGAGGUUAUACGCGCUGAAUAAGCCUCUUGAAGAGAUAGCGGGGGAAGCAGACGCAACAAAACAAGACGAGAAGCUGCGCGCUUUCUCCGCGGCAACUUGCGCACAGUGCCAGAGUUUUAGCGGCAGUAUUGUUCUGACUUCACUCCAGAGGGGCCACUCCAAGGAGAGAGGACGCACACAAAAGGGAAAAAGGAAAGGACUAACGAGCACGCUUUGUCGUCCAAAGUAAUGGUCCUGCGGUCUUAGAUCCUAGAUUUCUCUGUCUUUCUCUCUCUCUCCUCUCUGUUUCUUUCCAUUUUUUAUUUUUUUAUUUUUUUAUUUUUUUCGUCCCGGCGGUUUGUGUCCCCCCCUUUGUCGCCGCGAGAGAGUGGACGCGCCGGGGGUUUGAGGAGCAGAAGCGGGGCUGUCCACAUGGUCCAACCACUGGCGUGAAAGUUGACUUCUUCAGAAAACAAGAGAACAGGUGCCAGUGAUGAUGGUGGAAUCAGCCUCUGAGACCAUUCGAACGACGCCGUCCAACCAGAACGGAGUCAGCAGCCUCAGCAGCCAAUCAGAUGGAGGGGGAGGUAGAGAGGGCGGGUCUAACGGAGACACCAAUGGGGAGAUCAGUCCCGUUGACUUGCUGCACCUGCAACAACAACAGGCGCUUCAGGCAGCCAGACAGUUCCUCCUCCAGCAGGCCUCUGGACUCAACUCCCCUGGCAGCAACGAGGUCAAACAGAGCCCUGUGCAGGUGCCUGUGUCCAUGGCUAUGAUGAGUCCACAGAUGAUCACUCCUCAGCAGAUGCAACAGAUCUUGUCUCCCCCGCAGCUCCAGGCCCUGCUGCAGCAACAGCAGGCUUUAAUGCUACAGCAGUUACAGGAGUAUUACAAGAAGCAGCAGGAGCAGUUGCAUCUCCAGCUUCUGACUCAGCAGCAGCAGCAGCAGCAGCAGCAACAGCAGCAGCAGCAGCAGGCCGGAAAGCAAGCGGCAAAAGAGCAAUUAGGCAGUAAGCAGCUGGCCUUCCAGCAGCAGUUGAUCCAGAUGCAGCAGCUUCAGCAGCAGCAUAUCCUCAACCUCCAGAGACAAGGCCUGGUCCCGCUGCAGCCCACCGCCGCCAUGCAGUCUCUGCAGCAAGCGAUGUGUCCGUCAGACCUCCAGCAGCUGUGGAAGGAGGUGUCGGGGGUGCCGAGCAGUGAGGAGGCCCUGAAACAGGCCGAGGGCCUGGACUUGAGCACCAACAGCUCCAAUUCUACCUCAGCCUUCCCCAAAGCUGCCACCGCUCACAUCCCACUGCACAGCCUGCCCAACGGACAGAGCCACACCCCAAAGAGAGACAGAGCCAGACUGUUUGAGUGGAUAUCCUCCUUCACCAAGGCAGACAGCGGAGAUGACCAUGUCCCCCUUUACUCCAAAGGCAGCCAACCCCCCAGCAGCCAUCAUGAGGAACAUGCUGGCUCCCAUCCUCUCUACGGCCAUGGAGAGUGUAAGUGGCCUGGCUGUGAAGCACUGUGUGAGGACAUGGGACAGUUUAUCAAGCACUUGAACAAUGAGCACGCCCUAGAUGACCGCAGCACUGCUCAGUGCCGAGUCCAGAUGCAGGUGGUUCAGCAGCUGGAGAUACAGCUGGCGAAAGAGAGCGAGCGACUCCAGGCCAUGAUGACCCACCUGCACAUGCGCCCCUCAGAGCCAAAGCCUUUUAACCAACCUCUGAACCUGGCUUCUAGUGGCUCUCUGUUAAAGCGGGACAGUGACGCCUACCCAGAGGGUCUUCCCCACCCUCCCACCUCGGCUGCCACCCCCAUCACCCCACUGCGCCAGGGACCCUCGGUCAUCAGCUCCUCUAGCCUGCACACACACUCCCACUCCCACACGCACAAUGUCGGGCCCAUACGUAGGCGCAACUCCGACAAGUAUUGCACCCCCAUCGCCUCAGAGCUGGCUCAGAACUGUGAGUUCUACAAGAACGCUGAUGUCAGGCCUCCUUUUACCUACGCCUCUCUUAUACGUCAUGCCAUUCUGGAGUCCCCAGACAGACAGUUGACUCUCAACGAAAUCUACAAUUGGUUUACACGAAAGUUUGCCUAUUUCAGGAGAAACACAGCCACAUGGAAGAAUGCUGUGCGCCACAACCUGAGUCUGCACAAGUGUUUUGUUCGUGUUGAGAACGUGAAGGGGGCCGUGUGGACUGUGGAUGAAGUUGAAUACCAAAAGAGGAGACCACCAAAGAUGACCGGAAGUCCCACUCUGGUGAAAAACAUGAUUUCAGGCCUGGGCUUUGGAUCCCUAAACGCCAGCUACCAGGCGGCUCUGGCAGAGAGCAGUCUCUCUCUGCUAAACAGCCCUCCCCUGGUGACCCCUCCGUCUGCGGCCAGCCUCAACAUGCUGCAUGUGGGCCACGAUGAUGUCAGCUCCACUGUGGAGCAGGUCAACAGCAACGGCAGCUGCAGCCCCACGCUCAGCCCUCAACAGUACAGCCACCCGGUGCAUGUGAAGGAGGAGCCCACUGAGGUUGAGGAGGACAGUCGGCCAGUAUCCCUCCUGGCUGGCGUCACACACAGCCUGCCAUUGCCGAGCGACGAGCGCGAUCUGGAGGAGGAUCUUCCCACCGAAGAGCUGGAGUAGGACAGAUCCAAGACGGAGACAGAGGGACGGGACAUAGCGAGAUCAAUCCCCGAGCCCCUCUCGUCGGUGCGAUGAGGAAAAGAUAGCUACAGUACACUUACGAGAGAAGAAAGAAAAAAAGAGAAUGUUUUUUUGUUGUUUUUAAGAAAAUGCAAGCAACCAAGGACGACAUUGAGAAACUCCAAACAGGGUUAGAUGACCUCCGUUACUUUCAGACGCAAAAACAAGACUGUGGAGCACUGCUUUACCUCCAUGUAUUUCUUUUCCAACACUUGGCUCAGAGGUGUAACACCACUUAAUGCAUACACACUCACACAAAUGCACACAGCACAGACACACUCAUUCACUUGUCAAACCAUGUUUCAUUAUCCUCCCUGGUAACAUCAGCCUCUGUGUAGAGACCCCUAGAGGCGUGGACACACACUCUCUCCUCCUCGCCCCACCACUCUGCAUACACUCUCCUCACUGUUGUCUCGGGCUGCCUGGCUAGCCAUUUUAUUUCUAAUUGUCAGUUGAGAAGACACACAGGUGUGUGUGUGAGUGUGUGUUAGAAAGAAAAAGACACACAGGAUCAUGUGUAUAUAGAUUUGGAGCAGUCAUCAGGGGCUGUGCAGUAUACCUCUCCUUCUUCCCCCUCUUUGAGUCAAUCACUUGCUUUUUCAUUUUCUUUGAUUUGAUUGAAAUGAAACUGUUGGGCUUCGAGAUGGGAAGGAAAGAAGGAAGGAAGAGUGCUUUUAAAGAUUACCUCCAACAGUGCUCCAACACUUCUGCAGAUCAGGCUCCUGCCUCCACGUCUGUGUGUGAGCCCACGGCGAGGCUGACCUAACAGAGGCAGUGUGGCCCUGGUCCCUGCCCAGACUUCUGCCCCCCAGCAAGACACUUAGUGACGGACAUCUUUUAAACUCUUUGCUUCUAAGUGAGAAAAAAAGAAGACAUUUUCCUACCCACCUCCAUCCCAUCCCACACCCCCCCAAAAAGAACGCAGGAAUAGGACCAUUCGGUGCUGUCCCUCUGCUCUCCUCCGUGUGCGGAUGGAGUGACGAGCUUGGAACACUUUAAGAACGAGAAGAAAAGAGAGGAAACAGAGAGAAAAGAGGGAGGAAGCAUCUACAGAAAUAUUGUGACUAAAAAAGAAAACUGUCGAUGAUUAUGGAAUAUAACAAGAAAAAAACGCGUGGUAGCUUUUGUCAUUUCCUUUUUUUUAUUUGAUGUUAUGUUGAUGAUGUUAUUAUCAUUGUUUAUUUUUGAGGAUCAAUAUUUCCAUGGUGGCGUUCUGUUUCGACGUACCUUUUCUAAGGAUGCUGUUUUUUUUGUAUUGUUACUUGUUUGAUUUACUCUGGUUGUUCACACCAUUCCAAAUGAGUAUUGGCAAAAAAAAAAAAAAAAGAAAGCGCAGUAUUGUCCCAACUUG